AAUAGAAUCCUCUAUCAAUGCAAAACAGUUCCACAAAGCGCCGAUAUGCGCUUCACGCUGCUCCGAAUGGCCAAACAGAUGCUGUCCCUCGAAUCGGCGGUCCGCGAGACGCGCUUUCCCGCCAACUACCGACCCCGGCUGCUGGUGACCUGCUCAGACAUUCCGACCAGCUACAUCGAUACGCUACGCAGCAAAUGUGACGUGACCGUGUGCGAGGGCGUCAAUCGGGAUGAGAUAUUGCAGGGAGUGCCGGGAGCGGAGGGAAUUCUGUGGCUGACCGCGGACCGGUUGGACGAGGAAGUGUUGGAUCGGGCAGGACCGCAGCUGCGGGUGGUUUCGACGAUGACGUCCGGGAUGGAUUAUGUGGACGCGAAGGUUUUUGGUGAGCGGGGGAUUGCGUUGGGACACACGCCGCAGGUUGUGAACAAUCCGGUGGCGGAUAUUGCCGUUGGGUUGAUGUUGGCCGCAGCGAGACGGUUUCACGAGGGGAGGGUGGCGAUUUUGGAGGACCGUUGGGAGCAGCGACCGCAGUGGAUGUUGGGGCAGGACGUGGUUGGGGCGACGGUGGGGAUCGUUGGGUUUGGCGGGAUUGGACAAACGAUUGCCAAGAGGUUGCGGGGGUUUGAUGUUGGCAGGUUGAUCUACACGGGACAUGGAGAGAAGGUAGAGGCGAAGGAGUUUGGAGCAAGUUUUGUUGGGUUUGACGAACUGUUGAGAGAUAGCGAUUUUGUUUUUGUAGUUUGUCCUCUGACGAGUGAAACCAAGAAUCUGUUCAACGCUGAAGCAUUUAAGAAAAUGAAACCGACAAGCGUGCUGGUCAACGUAGCACGUGGUGGCAUCGUAGAUCAACCUGCCCUGGUCGAAGCACUCAAGAAAGGGAUAAUUUUCGCCGCCGGGUUGGACGUAAUGACGCCGGAACCGUUACCUCCAAGCGAUCCGUUGAUGACCCUACCAAACUGCAUCGUUGUGCCACAUUUGGGAACCGCCACCAGGCAGAGCCUGGAGGACAUGUUCUGCAUAACGGCCCGAAACGUUCUCUCAGUUCUGGCUGGAGGAUGUCUUGUGGCACCAUUCAAAAAGUGA